AUGGCCAUGGCCAUGACCGUCUUGAUGCUGCCUUAUCUGGCAGAUGCUCAAACCUUCACUUCGUGCAACCCUACAAAGGCUAACUGCCCCAAAGAUCCUGCCUUUGGAACCUCGGCUACAUUUGAUCUUACCAAGUCGGUCCCUAAUAGAUGGAAGUCUAUUGGAACUGUCACCCAAGACAAGGAUGGCGUGGCCUUGACGGUUGCAAAGAAGCUUGAUGGCCCUGUGCUUCAGUCCGACUUCUACAUCAUGUUUGGUCGAGUGGAAUUCACUAUCAAGGCUGCACCGGGUACAGGUAUAGUCAGCAGUGCAGUUCUUCAAUCAGACUGUCUGGAUGAGAUAGACUGGGAGUGGCUUGGAGGGGACAACGCUCGGGUUCAGACGAACUACUUUGGAAAAGGCGACACCACCACCUAUGACCGUGGUGCCUUUCACCCCGAUUCUGGGAACCAUGACACGUUCAAGACGUACACUAUCGAUUGGGAUAGUAACCGGAUUCUCUGGCAGAUCGACGGCAACACAGUUCGUACAUUAGAGGAAAAGAACGCCAACGGACAGUAUCCACAGACGCCCUGUUACAUCAAGGUUGGCCCUUGGGCUGCUGGGGAUCCUUCUAAUGCCCCAGGAACAAUUGAAUGGGCUGGCGGUGAAGUCGACUAUUCGAAAGGACCUUAUACCAUGUACGUGAAAUCGAUCAAGGUCACAGACUACUCCUCUGGCUCUGCGUACGAGUAUACGGAUAAGUCUGGUUCAUGGAAGUCUAUCAAAGCAAUUGAUGGAAGUGUCAAGGGCGACAGCUCGGGGGCUGUGACAAGAUCCUCUUCUACAGUUCUUUCCGCAGCCACUCUACCAACUACCUCCAAUGUCUACGUCACAGCCUCAAUAACAUCCUCACUCCCCGACAUCUCACCUACAGCCACCGCCAUCCACAAGGAUAACACCACAUCCAGCCCUGUGACAGGAUCAAUGUCACCGUCAUCGUCAUCGAGCCAACCACCUCUAGCCACCGGCGCAGCAAACAAGAGCUCACUAAACAAUUACCUCACAAUUCUGCUACUGCUGGCAGUGCCAUUGGCAAUCUGA